AUGUUGUGCCUCUCGGUAGCUACCAAAUUAUACCAAGUUCUCACUAAGACCCUGGUAAUAAAAAGCAAAACACUCGCUUCUCCUUUUCGAACAGAUACUUAUAAGGCCGCUCGCAUCGAGCUCAGUAGUUACCAAGAAUUCUUGGAAACUUGGAAAUCGGCACUCACAUCAAUUCGGAGUCAUAUUUUAGAGGUAGAUAGGUGCUUCGGUCAGUAUAAUUUGAGUUCAGACGUGUGCUAG